AUCACCUAUUUUUUGCUUGAGAUCAUCAUCAGUUACUCUUUCGUCUCUAAUUUCUUCUCUCAUGGAGUUGGAACGUAUACUUCCAUUUUUUGAGAACAAGACUAUCUUAGUCACUGGUGCCACAGGCUUUCUAGCAAAAGUUUUUGUGGAGAAAAUACUCAGGCCUCAACCAAAUGUGAAAAAACUCUAUCUUCUUUUGAGAACUUCAGACAACAAGUCUGCUACACAACGUUUUCGGAAUGAGAUACUAGGAAAGAACCUAUUUAUGGUACUAAGAAACAGCUUGGGUGCAAAUCUAGAAUCAUUUAUCUCUGAAAGGGUUACUCCUAUCUCUGGUGACGUUUGUGACGAGAAUUUAGGAAUCAAAGAUUGUACAUUGAGAGAAGAGAUGUGGAAAGAAAUAGACAUCGUCUUAAAUUCUGCUGCUACAACGAACUUUGAUGAAAGAUAUGAUGUUGCAUUGGGCAUCAACACAUAUGGAGCUUUGCAUGUUUUGAGCUUUGCGCAGAAUUGUGUUAAAUUGAAGGUGCUUCUCCAUGUAUCAACCGCUUAUGUGUGCGUCGAGAAGGGAGGGAACAUACUAGAGAGCCCAUUUUACAUGGGAGACACGCUAAAAGGAACCUCAAAAUUAGAUAUCAAUGCCGAAAAAGAACUUGUGAAGGAAUACCUGGAUAGAUUACAAGUACAAGGCGCCACGAAUGAAGCAAUCAUAUCCACCAUGAAGGAUUUUGGCAUUGAAAGGGCAAAACUAUAUGGAUGGUCAAACACCUACACAUAUACGAAGGCAAUGGGAGAAAUGCUUUUAGGACAAUUUAAUCAAAAUCUUCCCCUAGUCAUCAUACGACCCACCAUGGUAACCAGUACUUACAAAGAACCAUUUCCAGGUUGGAUUGAAGGCACAAGAACCAUUGAUGGAGUAAUUUCUGCAUACGCUAAAGGAAAAUUGGAAUGCUUUACAGCCCAUCCUAAGUCAAUUUUAGAUAUAAUACCAGCAGACAUGGUGGUAAAUUCUAUGAUUGUGGCCAUGGUGGCUCAUGCAAAUAAGUCUUCUCAGAUCAUCUUCCAUGUUGGUUCUUCAUUGAGAAAUCCAAUGAAAUUAUAUACUCUUAAAGAAUUCCUCUUCCGGUACUUCACUAGAAAUCCGUGGAUUGGUAAAAAUGGGAAAUCAAUCAAAGUCGGGAAAGGGACAGUGUUUAGCAGUAUGGCUCGAUUUCAUGCAUAUAUGGCUAUUCGAUAUAAACUGCCGUUGAAGGUAUUAUGGUUAGCAAAUGAGGUGCUUUGCCAGUACUAUCGGGACAUGUAUAUUGAUCGUAAGAGGAAGGUCUAAGUAGGUAUGCGAUUGGUUGAACUCUACAAAACAUAUGUAUUCUUUACAGGAAGAUUUGAUGAUUCCAACACUGAAAAGCUACGAGUGGCAGCAAGAGAGAGUGAUGCCGAUGUGCAUUUGUUUGACUUUGAUCCAAAAUGC